GGUUGCCGGGCGGGGGAGGGCUCGUCCGGUUUUUCUCCGGGGACGUUGAAAUUAUUUUUGUAACGGGAGUCGGGAGAGGACGGGGCGUGCCCCGACGUGCCCGCGUCCUCCCGCCCCGGCCCGCCUCCACUGUUCCCGGGCUUCUGCCCCGCGGGAGGGUCAUGCCGCCCAAAAUCCCCCGCAGAGCAGCCGCCGCCGCCGCGGAACCCCCCGCGCCGCCGCCCCUUCCUGAGGAGGAUCCCGAGCAGGACAGUGGCCCUGAGGACCUGCCCCUGGCCAGGCUUGGGUUUGAAGAAACUGAAGAACCUGAUUUUACUUCAUUGUGUCAGAAAUUAAAACUACCAGAUCAAGUCAGAGAAAGAGCUUGGUUAACUUGGGAGAAAGUUUCAUCUGUGGAUGGAGUAUUGGAAGAUUAUAUUCAGAAGAAAAAAGAACUAUGGGGAGUCUGUAUCUUUAUUGCAGCAAUUGACCUAGAUGAGAUGCCAUUCACUUUUACUGAGCUACAGAGAAACAUAGAAACCAGUGUCUAUAAAUUCUUUGACUUAAUAAAAGAAAUUGAUACCAGUACCAAAGUUGAUAAUGCUAUGUCACGACUGGUGAAGAAGUAUGAUGUGUUACGUGUGCUCUACAGCAAGCUAGAAAGGACAUGUGAACUUAUAUAUUUGAUACAACCCAGCAGUUCGAUAUCUACUGACAUAAAUUCUAUGUUGGUGCUAAAAGUUUCUUGGAUCACAUUUUUACUAGCUAAAGGAGAAAUAUUACAAAUGGAAGAUGAUCUGGUGAUCUCAUUUCAGUUAAUGCUGUGUGUCCUUGACUAUUUUAUAAAACUCUCACCACCUUCUUUGCUCAAAGAACCAUAUAAAACAGCUGUAAUACCUAUUAAUGGGUCACCUCGAACACCAAGGCGAGGUCAGAACAGGAGUGCACGGAUAGCAAAACAACUAGAAAAUGAUACAAGAAUUAUUGAAGUUCUCUGUAAAGAACAUGAGUGUAAUAUAGAUGAGGUGAAAAAUGUUUAUUUCAAAAAUUUUAUACCUUUUAUGAAUUCUCUUGGAAUUGUAACUUCUAAUGGACUUCCAGAGGUGGAAAUUCUCUCUAAACAAUAUGAAGAGAUAUACCUUAAAAACAAAGAUCUAGAUGCAAGGUUAUUUCUGGAUCAUGAUAAAACUCUUCAGACUGAUCCUACAGACAGUUUUGAAAUGCAGAGAACACCACGAAAAAGUAACCCUGAUGAAGAGGUGAAUAUGAUUCUUCCACACACUCCAGUUAGGACUGUUAUGAAUACUAUCCAACAAUUAAUGAUGAUCUUAAAUUCAGCAAGUGAUCAACCAUCAGAAAAUCUGAUUUCUUAUUUUAAUAACUGCACAGUGAAUCCAAAGGAAAGUAUCUUGAAAAGAGUGAAGGAUAUUGGGUAUAUCUUUAAAGAGAAAUUUGCUAAAGCUGUGGGACAGGGAUGUAUGGAAAUUGGAUCACAGCGAUACAAACUUGGAGUCCGAUUAUAUUAUCGAGUAAUGGAAUCCAUGCUUAAAUCAGAAGAAGAACGAUUAUCCAUUCAAAAUUUUAGCAAACUCCUGAAUGACAACAUCUUUCAUAUGUCUUUGCUGGGAUGCGCUCUUGAGGUUGUAAUGGCUACAUAUAGCAGAAGUACAUCUCAGAAUCUUGAUACUGGAACAGAUUUGUCCUUCCCAUGGAUUCUGAAUGUACUUAACUUAAAAGCCUUUGAUUUUUACAAAGUGAUUGAAAGUUUUAUCAAAGCAGAAGCCAACUUGACCAGAGAAAUGAUAAAACAUUUAGAACGAUGUGAACAUCGAAUCAUGGAAUCCCUUGCAUGGCUCUCAGAUUCGCCUUUAUUUGAUCUUAUUAAACAAGCAAAGGACCGAGAAGGACCAGCUGAUCACCUUGAAUCUGCUUGUACUCUCAACCUUCCUUUACAGAAUAAUCACACUGCAGCAGAUAUAUCCCCAAAGAAAAAAGGGUCAACUACUCAUGUAAAUUCCACUGCAAAUGCAGAGGCACAAGCAACUUCACCCUUCCAGAACCAGAAGCCAUCAAAAUCUACCUCCCUUUCACUCUUUUACAAAAAAGUGUACCGACUAGCAUAUCUUCGACUAAAUACCCUAUGUGCACGCCUUCUGUCUGACCACCCAGAACUAGAACACGUUAUCUGGACCCUUUUCCAGCAUACACUGCAAAAUGAGUAUGAACUCAUGAGAGAUAGGCAUUUGGACCAGAUCAUGAUGUGUUCCAUGUAUGGCAUAUGCAAAGUGAAGAAUAUAGACCUUAAAUUCAAAAUCAUUGUAACAGCAUACAAGGAUCUUACUCAUGCUGUUCAGGAGACAUUCAAACGUGUUUUGAUCAGAGAAGAGGAAUACGAUUCCAUUAUAGUAUUCUAUAACUCUGUCUUCAUGCAAAAACUGAAAACAAAUAUUUUGCAGUAUGCUUCCACCAGGCCCCCUACCUUGUCACCAGUACCUCACAUUCCUCGAAGUCCUUACAAGUUUUCUAGUUCACCUCUACGAAUUCCUGGGGGAAACAUCUAUAUAUCACCCCUAAAGAAUCCAUAUAAAAUUUCAGAAGGUCUGCCAACACCAACAAAAAUGACUCCAAGAUCAAGAAUCUUAGUAUCAAUUGGUGAAUCAUUUGGAACUUCCGAGAAGUUCCAGAAAAUAAAUCAGAUGGUGUGUAACAGUGAUCGUGUGCUCAAAAGAAGUGCUGAAGGAAGCAAUCCUCCUAAACCACUGAAAAAACUACGCUUUGAUAUUGAAGGAUCAGAUGAAGCAGAUGGAAGUAAACACCUCCCAGGAGAGUCCAAAUUUCAGCAGAAACUAGCAGAAAUGACAUCUACUCGAACACGAAUGCAGAAGCAGAAAAUGAAUGAUAGUAUGGAUACUUCAAACAGGGAAGAAAAGUGAAGAUCUCGUGACCUUGGUGGGCACCGUGUCCACCUCUGGCCUCAUUGUCUCUGACAGAUCUGUGUAACUCCCAGGUUCUAUUUACAGCCACAUUUAAUACAUAUCUCCAUUUUCUUUUGUGAAUAUAAAGUGUGCAGAUGCAGGUUGAGUAUUUGUGCAGGCAGUUCCUAAGCUACUUGUAAUGUUGUAGUCAGUAGAAUAUGCAGUUACUGUACAAGAUUAAAAAUCUUGUGUAAAUCCUGCCAUUUAAAAGUUGAAGCAGAUAUUUCCAUUUCCAAAGCAUAAUUGAGCAAUGGUGAGGAUGCUGGGAGUGGAAGCCUUAACAACUCAUGCCUAUCUGAAUACUUUGUCUUCUCUUGGGGCAUAUAUCUGAUGUUUGCUAUUAUUUUUAUUAAUUUAUAUUUAUUAUUUUUUUAAUUUAACAUGAACACCCUUAGAAUAUGUCUUCCAAAUGCAAUUUGGCUGACUGCCCCCCAUGCACCCAAAUGAUUCCAAACUCUUGUGCUAAAACAGAUAUUAGAAACUAGAAAAAAAUUACCAAUUUUUACACACUAGAUUUUAGUUUACUAAUGGAAUCUGAUGUACUAUAUGCUUGUUUUAUAAAUUUUAGCUUUUAAAUACAAGCAGAAAGCAAAGUAUAAACAUGAUAUUGUCAUACUACUGAUACAGAUUUCAUACCUCAGGACUUCUAAGAAUUCUUUUCUUCAUCCAACUCAUGCUUUAAAAUGAAGAUUAUUAAUAGUACUCUUGGUUUUUAUACCAUUCAGAUCACUGAAUUCAUAAAGUACCAAUCUAAUACUUAGAAAAUAAAGUGUUCAGCUGGAGUUUUGCUGUAGAGGACCCUCAUACAGGUUACCCCAAGUGCACUUUCUAAUGUUUCUGGGUCCUUAAGAAUCAAGAUAGAAAAUAAUUUUACUCCAUAAACAGACUGUUAACUAUCAGAGCCUUAAUUUUUUUUUUCUUAGAGAUUUGUCUAAUUGCACCUCAGCAAUUAUUCUGCCCUACUAAAUUUGGGGAGGGGCAUGUUUUCUCUGGAAUGGUACAUGUCUUUCAUGUAUCUUUUGAACUAGCAAUUGUCUAUCUUUUAUUUUUUUUUAAGUCAGUAUGGUCUAACACUGGCAAAUUCAAAGCCACAUUAUUUCUCGUCCAAAACUGCAAAUAAUCAAAGAUCUUUGGGUUAAGAAUUAAUGUUUCUGAUUUUGUAUAAAAGCUUCAAAUUAAAAUAGCUACAUUAGAGAAAGAGGAUCUUUCCCCCCAGCACCUAAAGGUGUAUUUAAACUAUCUUGUGUGAUUAACUUAUUUAGAGAUGGUAUAAUUUAAAAUAGGUGAUAUUUAAGGUAGCAUCAGCUAGCUUUUAGGAAAAUCACUUUGUCUAAACUAAGAAUUAUUUUCUAAAAAGGAAUCUGGUCUUAUUUUGUUAGAGAACAAAAUUCUAUUUUUUGCUCAAUUAAGUUUCAAACUUAUUUUCUUGACAGUUAUCUUGAUAACACAGGCACUAGAAAGCUUUACCCCAUUUCCUCAUUAAUUUUUGCAUGAAUAGCAUACAAAUCAGCUUUUAGGUCAAGGAUUUACCAUACUUUUGGGUCUUCUGCUAAUAAGUUCACAUUAGAAUUAGUGCCAGAGUUUUAGGAAUUUCCGGUAUCAUGCAUUGAAAUUUCUUAAAUAAAGCUUCAGAUAUUGCUUUAUUGCUUUUUUUUGUAUUGGUUAAAACUGUACAUUUAAAAUUGCUAUGUUAUUUUCUACAAUAAUUUGUCUAUUUUAAAAUAAAUUAGUUGUUAAGAGUC